GCGCGCGCACGGGUCCGGUGCGAUACACAGACUCGUGUUCCGUUCUGCAGGAUGACUACUUCAUGCGAACCUCUCCGGAACUACCCCAGCAGUUUUGCAGAGAUGCUCGACUCCAACGUGUCCGGCCCGCUGGUGCGAGAGAGCAACGGGACCAAGAACUCCAGCUGCCGCUCUGUCUCGGUCGGUUUCCCCAUCACCAUGAUGGUCACCGGGAUGGUGGGCAACUCGCUCGCCCUCAUCCUGGUCUACAUCUCCUACAGGAAGAAGGAGAACAAGCGGAAGAAAUCUUUCCUGCUGUGCAUCGGCUCCCUGGCGCUGACUGACCUGUUCGGGCAACUGCUGACCAGUCCGAUCGUCAUCUCGGUCUACCGAGCCGACCUGCGCUGGGAGAGCAUCGACUCGUCCGGCUUUCUGUGCGCCUUUUUCGGCGUCUGCAUGACAACCUUCGGCUUGUGCGCGCUGUUCAUGGCCAGCGCCAUGGCUGUGGAGAGAGCCACGGCCAUCACCAACCCGCACUGGUUCUCCAGCAACAUGAAGACCAGCGUGACCAAGCAGACGCUCGCCGUGAUCUGGUGCCUGGUGCUGCUCUUCGCGCUGCUGCCCGUGGCUGGAGUGGGCAAGUACACGCGCCAGUGGCCGGGCACCUGGUGCUUCAUCAGCACCGGGGACUGGGACACCCCUGGGAACAUGUUCUUCUCCAUCACUUUUGCUGCGCUCGGGAUAUUCUCCCUGCUGGUGACCGUCUCAUGCAACGUGGUGACCAUUCGAGGUUUGAUCCUGAGAUGCAAAACAAAGUCCGGCACUUCCCUGGCUUCAAAACAGUGGGAACGACUGACCACGGAGACGGUCAUCCAGCUGCUGGGCAUCAUGUGCGUCCUGCUUAUAUGCUGGUCUCCGCUGCUGGUGCUGAUGCUGAGGAUGAUCUCCACCCAGGUGUCCUCCCACGAGUGCAGCCCGACAUCCCUAACCGCCGCUCGCAGCUCGGUCCGAGACGUCCAGCUGGACUGCAACUUCUUCCUCACAGCCAUCCGCCUGGCCUCCCUCAACCAGAUCCUGGACCCCUGGGUGUAUCUGCUCCUCAGAGAAAUCCUGCUCCGCAAAUUCUGCCUGGUGGCCAACGCCGUGUCCAACUGCUCGAUAGAGGAUCAGAAGGAGACGCAGGCCGCGCUGGAUGCUCUGAACAAGCAGGACCAGGAGAGCAAAGCGCUCAGUAAAUCACAAAGUGCUUAAGCCGAUGUUCAAGGAAGCGUCGAACAGAUGAUACCACCAAACUAAUGGAGCUGGAGACAUUAUUAUUCUUCAACAUGAAGCGGAGCUGAGGGAAGUUAUCUAUCGUGAAUCGGUUGUUGGGCGUCGGCCACAUUCCGCUCUGUCACCAAACCAGCACGAGGACCAGUUACAUCACAUUCGGUCGCAGCACCGUGACCACAAACUCCCCUGGUUUCAGUUGUGAAUACUCAACUAAAAAUGAUCUAUUUUCGAGGAACUUCAAUAAAUAACAUCAUUAAAUGUGUAAAUAUUUGUGAAUGUAGAAACUCUUGAUUGAAUAUUUAUUCGCAUCAUUGUAAUAUUAUUGCCAAAUGCUACCUACAACACUAUAGUCGUCAGCUGCUGUGCAUACUCCAUCUGUGACCAUGAAAUGUGAAGCUUUUUUUUUCAUCUUUUAAUACAAAGUGUCCGGUUUGGAGUGUGGAAUGUACUUUUUGCUGCAGUGUUGCAGUGAGUGUUGCUUCAUGUGUUUUUCUAUUGAGUUUUAAUGAAGUUAAACUUCAACUCUCAGCUUAGGAUGUUCCAACCGCAGGAAUGUGAUGGUGGAUGUCUGCAUGCGCCAUGACGAUUGGGCCCGGAGAAAUUGCAUGCAUUGCUCUUUUUUUACACACACAGUGGAUCAUGAAGGUGUUCUACUAUGAAUCUCUCCCAGGUGACCGAGCUCCUCCUUGAAUCUCCGGAGGAAGCUCUUUUUGGCAGCUUGCUCUUUUGGUCACUGCCGAACCUUGCCACCAUCAGAGAGGUCAGGAACAUAGAAUGAUUUCAGCCUUGCAUCUUGACGCAUGAGGCCUUCAGUUGAAUCAAAUCCCAACACUGUGGGUAGCGGCCUGACCAACUCAUGUAAUCCAUGGUUGGGUUAAGGGCUGAGACUUUGGUAGAUAUAGUGCUUUAUGGGAUCUUGAGCCAGACAUAUGGUGCCAUGUUUUCCGCUCCAUGAGUCGUUCACUGUAUAUAAAUAUCGAUGGACACCUCACGUCCAGCACAUCCUCAUCCUAACCACAUUCAUUUUGAACGUCAAGAAACGCUAUGGGAGGGGAAACAUGAUCCAAGUGAAACACCUCAUGUGUCCACAUGCACCGCGGAAGGCUGACACGUCAACAUUGGAUGUAAAAGUCGACACCUGUCAAUAUGUUCUGCCUGAGGAGCGAGAUUCUGCUAAAACCAUUGUAGAGCUUGGCUUAGUUUUCGUAAUCGGGACAUACGCAAUAUUAAUAACGUCCGCCUUACAACCGGGAUCGGUUCUAAGUCAAGUCGGAUUGGACGUAAGGCGAAUGCCAUUCAAAAUAGCCGACGCGAGGGUUGUAGGUGCUACUGUAGUGGUAGGUGCCUGUGUGAGAGUGAGAUGCUGGGAUACUGUGCUGCCACAACUGUCGUACGAGAUGCCGACUGGCAGCCAUAAUUGUCGUACGUGUUGCCGGGCUGCUACGUGCUGCGGUUCCAGACAUUGAAUAAAAAAAUAAGUAAGACAUAAGCGAGCAGGUCGUAAGUCGGAUGUUACUUGUAUUGUAGAAUUUUGUCUUUGCAAGUUUUAUCCUCCGUAGCUGAAGAGAUCCGACGUCCAGGUUUUACGAAAAUUGAAUUCAACAUUACUAACUCAAAACCAUCACUUGCGCGGGUGAAUUGUUCCACGGUCACUUACAAGACAUGAGGAGGCAUCUUCAGAGAUGUUGAUGGUCAGGUGACUUACAACCCGCCGUAUGUGCCUCAUGCUGUCUCUCGGUCAUGGACCCUCAUUUGAUGGUUGCUUCAUCUUGAGUUUUAUUUUGUUCGCUGAUUCUGCAGGUUUCAUUUUCCGGCAAGGGCUCCUGACACGUUGAAUGUGCACCGCCAAUGUAAAGCCCGCGUGCUACCUCACUGUUCAUUGAAAUGCAUUUUCACGCUGAAAUAACUGAACAUGUAAUCGACACUUCACCAAUUUGUCCGUCCAGUGGUGUGAAAUCAUCUGACACGUUCUCAGCUCUUCAGCCCACAAUA